AUGUUUCCGACGAACCCAGAGACAGUGCCUGACUCACAGUGCCUGACAGUGCCAUACACUCACUCAAGCAGGGUCAAACUGGAGAAGGCACAGACACCUCAAGCAUCGAGCCGCCCAGAAAGACAGAAGCAGCGGGACAUUAGCAGACAGCAGGAGACCGGAUAUCCGUCAGGCGGCAACAGGAGCAUACUGACAGCCCCUGGGAACCGGCAAGUAAUCGUGUGGAUGCAUAUCAGCCCACCCUCCCACCAACCUGAUAGCGAGGGCCCAUCACCAAGAGGCCAGAACUACCCGACCCACAGCCUGCCGGCAUAG